AUGGCUAAAGCAGACACCACAACCGCAAGGCCAUCGAAAGCACCUUCUCGCCACACACGCCGUAACUUCCUGGUCUCAGCUCUGGGUAGACGCAAGAUCGGAAGGGCUCAGCGUGAUGCUAUCUUAGCUCGCAAACAGAAUGAAUACGACGGCAUAUCUGGUACUUACAACACUCCGAUCGCCUUGAAGGUCUGGGAUGAUGGAGAUCCAAACCGAGAUGCGGACAUGGCCUUGGUCGAGGAAUGUGCUUGGGAGAUUGUCGGAGAACGCCUUUGUGUUAUCUUUAACAUUUCAGACCCACAAGAUAUGGAACAGGCGCGUUCGGCUUACAUACGUGAGCUGGAGGAUACUCUUCGGUGGGAAGUACAGCAAGCUGAGCAGGACAUCAAGACGGUGGACAAGUACUCCCGGCACUUCGACGACUCAAAAUUCCAGAGAAUGCUCCACUCCCAUCGACGUACGAUCGCCGCGUAUCAUCAGACGGUGGACUUGUUGAAGCAGGGCAAGCAAGCCUACAUGGCGGCAAUGAAGGAUAGCGUUCUCAUAUUUGAAGGCCACAGCUUUGGCGGCAAACCAGGUUUCACUGGUUCAUUCUUUGUUGGAUAA